AUGGCUUCAUCAUCAUCAACGUCAUCAAGUUUUACACCGGUGCUAUUGCGUACAGUCAGUAAGUCUGUCUAUUCACCAAGAGAGAAGACUAUUGUUCUGAACGUUCACGAUGCUCUGGUUUUUCAGAAUCCCACAAACACUGUUCGGAACAUAAUCGAGAGUUGUGCCAACACGACGCUCGUAGCAGCGUUAACAAUAUAUAGGUUCCUAUCAGAAAGAAAAAAACAAGGUAUAACUAACCUAAACACAAAUGAACACUUGAAGAGGGGAAAAAGCCUGUUGAAAUUAAUGAAUUUGCCAAAAAUAUUAUUCGAAGGAAAAUUCACGGAUUUUUUUUUCAAAAAGGAAAUACCCAACCUUAACAAAAUUUUACAAGAAGUUAAAGACGAUCCUGAUUUGCCUAAUAUCGGACGAACCAAACUGUGGGAAGUUUUAAAAGAAUUAAAUUUCCGGUGGGAGAAAUCAGACCGAAAAUCAGUUUUGAUUGACCGCGAAGAGAUAAUAUGUUGGAGAAGACAUUAUCUAAGAUCCAUACGAAAAUUCCGGGCUGAAGGAAGGCCAAUCUACUAUCAGGACGAAACUUGGGUAAAUGCAGGUCAUACUCUAACAAAAAUUUGGUCAGAUAAAAAUAUAUUAAGCUCCAGGCAAGCGUUUAUAGAAGGUUGGUCUACUAGUAUUUCCCCACCCUCUGGUAAAGAUAGUAGAUUAAUAAUUUCUCACCUUGGCAGUGAAAAAGGAUUUCUUAGGGACGGUUUGUUGGAAUUUCAAUCCAAAAGCACAAAAGAUUAUCACGAGGAGAUGACAGCUGAUGUUUUCGAAGAGUAUUUUGAGCAGAUGAUUGAACAUAUACCACCAAAUUCAAUUAUAGUAUUAGACAAUGCACCUUAUCAUUCAAGACUAGUAGAAAGACUUCCAACGACUGCGUGGAAGAAACAAGAUGUCCUUGACUGCCUGAGGAAUAAGUCUCUGACUUACGAAGAUGGAAUGGUUAAAGCGGAACUUUUAAAAAUUGCCCGGCAACACAAAUCUAAGUACAAGAAAUAUGUAGUUGACAAAAUGGCGGAAAGGCGAAACAUCACAGUCCUUAGACUUCCACCCUACCACUGUGAAAUAAAUCCAAUUAAACUCAUUUGUGCCCAAAAUGAAAGGUUAUGUGGCUAG